GACUUUGGCUUCGUCGAUCUAUGUCAUCGUCCUCUUCCUGUGGCCACGAGUUCGAUGCCCUGACAUCGACAAACCAUUGAAUCUCUGAGAAAGCUUCUUCCUUUAUCUGAAAACCACUGUGGUCUCUGUUGUAACUCGCGGAGAACUCGGAGACGUUGCCGUUGGUGGAGGCCUCAUUCUCAGAACUAAUCUCGGCAACCUGAUGCUGUUGACGGACAUGAGAGCAUUGAAGUCUCGAUCCGAACAUCGUCACACCGCUUGGCCGAGCAUGGGAGCUCUCUUGAACUUCAACAAAUGAUUAAGAGAAAACUCUAGUUUCAUGGACAGUUUCUCUAUCUCGUAAGCUUCAUCGUGAGCUGAUAAAGCUCUCUCCUGAGUCAAUUUGUCGACAAGAUGUGUGGAGAAACAGCCCACAACCGCCUCUGUUUCUCUCACCCGAGAAGGAUGACAUCACCGUUCUGAAACCAAUAACAUCAACGAAGUUCGAAUCAUGGUCGUCUUCAUCUCUCUUCUGGCUCCAAACCGUGGAUCUUGAUUUCUUACAAUAAAGAAUUUAAGAAAUAGAUUUCUUAGAUUCUUGAGGUUUAAGAGAAAUUAACAUAGAAAUCAAAUGAAAAAUGAAUAUCAAAAAGAGUUUAUUGAUCAAAGAUUAUAUUACAUGUAUGAUUACGAAUGUAAAUUAAAUCUAAGAAUCCAUAAACUUUUUGUAAGAAGUGUUAUAAGUCUAGAUGAAAGGGAGAAGAAGAUCCUUUCUAAGAAGAAAGUAGUUUCUUAUUUAUAGAAAGAUGAAGCCUAGAGCUUCCUAGCAAUACGAGCCUAGGUCAAUGUCUAAUGGGCCUUGAGGAGAUGCAAAUUCAUCCCAAACAAAUAUGUUUGUUUUCCUUUAAAAGGAAAAAGUUAAGGUUGGGUCCUGUCACUUUCCGGCGAAUUUGGUUCUGAACAGCCUUCAGACAUUUCCUCCUUUCCGCUUUUUUAUUUGUGUUACUUUAUUGGCAAUUUCUAUAUUCUGUCUCUUCUCCAUCAUAUUCACAAUGUUAACACAUUCAUUCAGUGCCGUGUGUUUCAAGCUUUUAUCAUCAUGGGUUGUAUCAUUUCUUCUCGGAGAAAGAAACCGGCAACACAAGAGUCGCCGGAACACCGUCCUCGCUUCCACAUGCCUCCAUCAAGAAUGGUUAUAGCUGAGGGUGAUGGUGAUGAUCAAGCUCAAAAUGUUUCAGAGUUGUUGAAGGUAAGUGAUAAUAAGUUAGGUCUUAAGGAGCUGAAGAGAGAAGAGAGCGUUCUUGUUGUUAAUCCUCCUCCUCGCUCAACGGAGUUAGCUGCCUCCGGUUGGCCGCCGUGGCUUAUCUCCGUCGCUGGUGAAGCUCUGGUUGGUUGGAUUCCUCGCCGUGAAUCUCACUUCGAGAAGCAAGAACAAAUUGGGAGAGGAACAUUCAGCAAGGUGUUCAAAGCUAGAGAUCUUCUCCGCAACAAGACCGUAGCUCUGAAGAGAAUCAGAUUCGAUGUCACCGACUCAGAAAGCAUCAAGUGCAUAGCCAGAGAGAUCACAAUCCUCCGCAAGCUAGACCAUCCAAACAUCAUCAAACUAGAAGGGCUAAUGCUUGUAGAACACGACUCCUCUAUCCUCUACAUGAUCUUCGAAUACAUGGAGCAUGACCUCUUAGGACUCUCUUCACUACUCGGUGUUGAAUUCUCAGAACCUCAGGUUAAAUGCUACAUGACGCAGCUCUUAAGAGGGCUUGAUCAUUGUCACACUAACCAUGUACUCCAUAGAGAUAUAAAAAGCUCUAAUCUUCUCAUAAACCAACAUGGAGUCCUCAAGAUUGCUGAUUUUGGACUAUCAACGUUCUUUGAUCCUCACAACAGUGUUCCUUUGACUACAAACGUUGUAACUCUAUGGUACCGACCUCCUGAGCUUUUGCUUGGAGCUUCUCGUUACAGUGUUGGCAUCGACAUGUGGAGCACAGGCUGUGUAAUAGGUGAGAUAUACGCUGGAAAGCCUAUCCUUCCUGGUAAAAAAGAGACAGACCAACUGCAAAAGAUAUUUGAGUUGUGUGGAUCACCUUCAGAGGAUUAUUGGACUAAGAUAAAGCUCUCGGCUCCGUUAAGACCAAUGUUUCCAUAUGGAUCAAAUAUAGCAGAGACAUUCAAAGAGUUUCCGGUUCCUGUUAUUUCUCUUCUAGAGACUCUGCUCUCAAUAGAUCCAGAUCGUCGAGGCACUGCAGCUACUGCUCUCAACAGCGAGUACUUCAACACUGAGCCAUUGGCUUGUGAUCCAUCUUCUCUACCAAAGUACACUCCCAGUAAAGAAAUGGACAUUAAGAAGCGCGAUGAAACUAGAAAACAAGCUUCAGAAAUUAGAAGAACAAACGAAUCUCAAGCUGUAGAGCCAAUUCAAGAAGAUUCUUCUCUCACACAGCAGCUUCAGAGAACGUGUUCAGAAUCCACGAGCAGAGAAACUUCAUAUACAAAGUCUUACGAGGAAGACGAGACUCCUAGACAAAUGCAAACAGCUACGGACAUGACAACCGAUGAUGAAACUGGAGCAGAAGACUCUUACACGUCUCCAUAUGGACACAGCCAGAAUCUAGCUGGAUCGGUGAAUAUGGAGGACGACAUACCUUGGCCAAUGAGUCCAUCUAGAGUUUAUGAGAAUGGGACAUCUUCUUCGGAUCGGAGAGAGUAGGCAUCAUGCACACUCUGAUUGAGGAUUGUACAUUUGUACUACUGUCAAUUAGAUUCAAUGGAGAAAAACUACAGAUUCAAAACACACAUAAUAAACAACAUUCUUGCUUUUUAUUCCUCA